GCGACCGCCCGCGCGCCCGCGACGCCCGCGACGCCGCGCGCGCGCGAGAGACCGUCCUCGAGCGACGACGCACCGAAAACGCCGGAACGAUCGACCGCGACGUCGCCGAUCAAGGGCGCGCCGGUGCGCGUGCCGGCGAGCGUGCGAUCGGUGUACAGACGCAUCGAUAAGAAGACGUUCUUAGAUUGGGGAUUGACGAGCGAUUGGAGCGUGGAUGGACCGCGGAAGCGACGGUCGAUCGGGGGCGACGGCGAUCGGACGGAGGAGGCGAGCGGAGCGGCGACGGCGAAACGGAUCAAGGUGGAGACGGAGGAAGAGGAUGGGAACGCGGCGAGUGAAGGGUACGGUGAGAUGACGGAGGGAUCGAUCGAGAAGUUGUUCUUGUUGUUGAGAGAACUGUCGAGCGCGGAGUUGGACGCGCCGUUGCCGGUGCGGACGCCGGUCAAGGGAGAAUCGAGCGUCGACGCGUGGUCGGGACUGGACUUAUGCGAAGAGAGCACGUUCAUCGACGUCGGGAGCGGGUACGGGAAGGUGGUUUUCCACGCCGCGCUCUCGGCGAAGGUUUCAAAGGCGGUCGGGAUCGAGUACGUGCCGUCUCGAGCGCAGAAGGCGUCGGAGGUGCAAGCCGAGCUCAUGGACGAGACGAGAGCGCUCAUGACGGAGGAAGCUCGCGAGCUCGUGUCGCCGCCGCGGUGCGUUCUCGAACAAGGCGAUGCCACCACGUACGGCGCGCUGAACUACACACAUAUUUACAUGUACGACCGCGUGUUCAACGAGAAGACACUAGAGCUCUUGGCCAAGCAGCUCAACCGCUCCAAGUAUCGCGUGUUGGUCACGUACCAACGGGUCGAGCUCUGGCGCCGUCUCGGCCUGCGUGACUUUGAACACGUGCACUCGUUCACGAUGCGCACGACGGGUGGACAAAACUUCAAGGCGUACGUGUUCGUGCGAUUGAACGCCUGA